AUGCCCGGCGCCAUUGAUGCAACCUGGAUCACCUCACAAGACAUCCAUCGAGUUCGAGGAAUAUACAACGAUCUUGGUCCGAAGAUGAAGGCUUUAGAGGCUCGAGAACGCAAAGAGAAGAGUCCAAUUAACCAAGAGAUGCUCGACAUAGGAGUUGGAGCUGACCAAGAGGUCAAUGUAAUCCACGUCCAAGAGAUCAAUGUUAUGCCUACGGACUGA